AAGGAAAGGCACUGCAAACCUGAAUUUGAAGAUGGGCUGCCGUGUAACUUUCCUCAUAAUAAUUUUGGUGUUCCUUUUCAAGAACUCAUGCAUUACUGGUUCUAAAAGUGUAUCAGAAUAUAUGGGUUGUUUCCAAGACCAGCAAGACCGUACUCUAACCGGAAAGUAUACAACGACGACAUCCAUGACCAUUGAAACCUGCAAGAAUAUUUGUACAAAAGAAAACAAUCAGUUUUACGGUGUUCAGUAUUCCCACCAGUGUUUCUGUGGAGAUUUUCUUUCAACUAAUAUCCCAAAGCCAGAGAGAGAAUGCAACAUGAAAUGCAGUGGAAAUAAGAACCAAAUGUGCGGUGGACAUUAUAGAAUGAACAUCUACAGGAACCUAAACUAUAAUCAAGAGCAUUUAAUACACUUGGGAUGCUACCAAGACCAGCCUACCCGAACCUUAGCCGGAAAGAAAACAAAAUCGAAAUCAAUGACCAUUGAAACCUGCAAGAAUAUUUGUACAAAGGAAAACACCAAAUUCUACGGUGUCGAGUUUUCCAGUGAAUGUUUCUGUGGAAGCAUGCUUACAACAAAUAUUCUAAGACCAGACAGGGAAUGCAACAUGAAGUGUAAUGGGAAUAAGCAGCAAACAUGUGGUGGAAUUUAUAGAAUGAACAUCUACCUUAACCCCGAUUACAAUAAAGCAUAUUUGGGUUGCUUCCAAGACCAGCCUAGGCGAACCCUAGCCGGAAAGUAUGUAAAAUCGACUUCUAUGACCAUUGAAGUCUGCAAGAAUAUCUGUACAAAGGAAAACAGCAAGUUCUAUGGAGUCGAGUAUUCCUAUGAAUGUUUCUGUGGAGAUUCUCUCACAACAAAUAUUCGAAAGCCAGAAAGUGAAUGCAACAUGAAAUGUAAUGGAAACGGGAAGCAAAUCUGUGGUGGAGUUUAUAGAAUGAACAUCUAUAGAACCUAGAAUACAUUAAGGUUCCAGCUUGACGUUUAAAUAAGUUUGCGGAUCAUUUCAGUUAUUUUCUUUCAGUGACAUUAUUUAUACGACUUUUUACAAAUAAAAUGCAUCAAUAAAACAAGAAA